UUGUUUUCUUUUGCGUGUGUCAAAUCCGCUACGCAUUUUCAAAUUUUCUGGACAAAAUAAAUUGAUUUGAUCCGAUUAUAGAGUGGACAAGUGAAAUUUUAGUGGAAUUUGAGGACAAAUCUCCUGCUGAGCGUUGUCCGGGACCUAUGAUGAGCCAAUAUUGAACUGGAAGACAACGGAUUCGAAAAUUCAGAUAGCACUCAACAUCAACACAUCGUGAGCAAUAAUGUCGGCUGAAUCGGCUGUCUACGAAGCGCUGAUGUAUGCAUGUAGCCAGGAUGCUCAGAUGCUAAAGCCGGCCGAACAGAAACUUGCAGAAUGGGAAGUGCAGCCCGGAUUUCACCUGACUUUGGUGAAGUUGUUCUCCGAUCAAUCACUUGACGCCAACGUAAGAUGGAUGGCUUCGCUAUACUUCAAGAAUGGAGUUCUGAAGUACUGGAGGAAAAAUGCACCCAAUGCAAUACCGGUGGAGGAAAAAACUGAAAUUAAAAAAUUGCUGCUAUUGAGGUUCAACGAACCGGUUCAGCAAAUUGCCGUUCAAAUCGCCGUGCUGAUAGGAAACAUUGCUCGCUAUGAUUGCCCUCAAGAUUGGAUAGAACUGGUGCCGACACUAGUAGAAGUAGUGCAAAGCAAUGAUUUGUUGGUGCAACAUCGGGGGCUAUUGAUUCUUUUGCAUGUAGUGAAAGUACUAGCGUCAAAGCGAUUUCAGCGCGACAGGAUCCACUUUGAGGAACUCACAACAAAGUUGUACGACUUCAUUCUAAACCUGUGGGAUGCGUUCACGCAGCUCUUCUACACCAACAUCCAAGAGCAAGCUACACUUGAUUUGUGUACUACGAAUUUAGAGAAAGCAAUUAUUUCCCUGCGAAUUUUAAAGAAACUGACUAUUUUUGGAGUGUCUGCGCCUCAUCUCAACCCCAAAUGUAUGAUGUUCAUUCGGGUUGUUUUUCAUAGACUAAAGGAAUUGCUGGACUGUCGGCGGCAAGUCAAGCUCAUAGAAAAGCGGCAACAACUUCCAAAUAAGUUAUCGGAACAGGUGGAGAAAUUUAUCAUCAAACACAUGAAGUUCCUGAACUUGUUCUUCGAUACACAUCCUGCAUCGUUCGUCGAGUUCAUUCCAGCGGCCUUUGAAUUUUCAUUCAACUACGUCUUCCACGAAGGGACGAAUCUCAUCUUCGAGGAUAAUGUCAUCACAUUCCCAAACUUUGCCAUACAGUGCUUGAAUCUAAUUAAGGGAAUAUUGUCUCACAACUUGAUCCACGUGGAUCGUGAGAAAGAACAAAUAAUCAAUGCAGCAAAGAACGAAUUCUUUACACCCGAACGACUGAGCUAUAUUUUUGAGAAAAUCAUUAUGCAUUACUUCCUCCUUACUUCUGAAGAAUUCGAACUAUGGGACAGCGAUCCGGAAAGUUAUGUUUCGGACGAAGGUGGCGAUUCGUGGAAAUACAAUCUAAGGUCAUGCACGGAAGCAUUUUAUAUGAUUCUGUUCCAGAAGUACAGUCCCAUGUUGAUAGUGGAGCUCCAGAAGUUUAUAUCGAAGUCUCAAUCGAUAACGUUGACGGAAGCAUCGGAUAUGAGUGAUCUGUUGAUCAAAGAUUCUAUCUACAACGCUACUGGGCUGGCUGUUUUCAACCUAUUCGACGAGAUCAACUUUGACCAAUGGUUCACUCAACAGCUGCUUGAGGAACUAAAGUUCAAAUCACACAAUUUCCGCAUAAUACGCCGACGUAUCAUCUGGCUAAUCGGGCGAUGGACAGGAGUUAGCUUUUCAAAAUCACUGCGACCCGACGUGUAUCGUGCUUGUGUCGAGCUGUUGCAUCCUUCGGAAGAUUUGGCAGUUCGUCUUACGACGUCCAAAACACUCAAAAACAUCAUGGAUGACUUCGAGUUCGAGGCGGAGCAGUUCCUGGAGUUUCUGGAACCGGUUAUUGCACUGCUGUUCGCCCUUCUGAAGGAAGCGCACGAGUGUGAUACCAAGAUGACUGUCCUGUACGUGAUGUCGUUCAUCAUCGAAAAGAUGUCGAUGUGCAUCAAACUGGAGGUCGAUAAUCUGAUCCAAUAUCUUCCGCUGCUGUGGGAGGAAAGCCGGGAACACGAUAUGCUGCGCUGUGCCAUAAUCUCUACUUUGCUGCAAAUCAUAAAAGGACUGUAUGAAAUUCCUUCGCCGGAUCCGAUAGUUGCAUUUAUUUAUCAGAUCAUUGAGAUGAGUACAAACAUCAAUGAACCGUCGCAUGUGUAUUUAUUGGACGAAGGCUUAGAGUUGUGGUUAAUCGUCGUGCAAUACAGCAGAACGAUGAACCAUGACCUGCUGAAACUCUGUGAUAAUUUGCUACCCUUGAUUGAGCAAUCCUCCAGUAAUUUGCGAACGUGUCUCGCCAUCACCCAGACAUACAUCUUUUUGUGCCCCGAUGAAUUCCUGCCGCGGUAUGGAAAGGACAUCAUCAAAACCUGCCACUAUCUUCUGACUGAUCUGCGUACUGAAGGCGUUAUCGUUAUUUAUCGACUGUUCCUUACAGUACUGCGAAUUGCACCAAAGUAUUCUAUCGAGCUGCUCAGGCCCUACCUGGUUGAAGUGUUUAAGAAAUACUACGAGCAUGAAGGAUUCAUCCAGAUCAACCAAAUCUACCUGCAAAUGAUUGCGAGGGUUUUAAUACUCGACCAGGUAACAUUCAGUAUGAUUCUCAACGAACUGGGCAUUUCUGAUGCAAUGGAGAAAAUUGUUACAUCAUGGUUGGUUGACAUGCCUGCGGUGGCCCGGAACAACGAGAAAAAACUGCUGGCAUUGGCUUUGACCAGCCUAAUGACGGUGUCCAGUGAUAUUAUUUUCGAGAACUUCAGUGCCAUCAUGGCGAACAUUAGCGCGACGCUCAACGACAUCACCAACGAAGAUGAGCAAACGGGCACUAAAGUGGACUCUCUCAUACUCACUGACGAUAACGAAGGAGAAAUCGGAAUGAUGAUGUUUGGCUACGGGUUCAUUGAUACCGAAAAUAUGCAGAAUGAAACUCCUCAUUACGAUAGGUGCCGGGUAGUUUGUUUGCAAGAUCCAACGCAUGUUAUUGUGUUGAAGGAUUAUCUACAAAAUCAGUUAAUCACGCUGAAAGGAACGAUUGGAGAUGAACGAUACCAAACAUUGCUCUCACGCAUCGAUAUACAAACACUGAAAGAGCUCAGCGAUUUCGUUUCGCUCGGAGUGCAGCUUCCCCUGGAACAAGACUUACAGUAGCAUCGUGUUGGCAGCAGCUCGAAAUGGCCUUCUUUUAACUAGUUGUUUUAACGUUUUCCAAAUUAAUGUUCUCAUUUAUCAAACUUUUAUUUAUAUCCUGUCCAUCCACCCAGAAAUAUUGGCAAUGAUGAUACAAACAUAAAUACGCUUCCCUAUGUUGUUAGUCAAUAGAUGUAGGAAGAUUCACAAAUAUCAAACUGCUGUCUACUAUUAGAAGAUAUGCAAGCGGUAACGGUCUGAUUUGAAUGGUUUUGUUGACCAUGAGCGUUCGAAACUGUCGAGACCAUUGGAAAUAUAUGUUUUCUUUUUCGAAA